UUUAGUGCGCAUGCUCAUUGGAAGCAGACAAAGUAAAAAAGUGUUUUUGUCUAAAGAAAGGUAAUUUGAUACCUUUUGCAGCCCCUAAUUAUCUAAAAAUAGAUAUUCUGUAAUUUCUAUUUGUUGCUCGUGGAAGGUUUACAUUAAAUUCUACGGAAGGCUUUAGUCUUGUAAGACAUUCUAGAGAAGAAGUUAUUGUGACUGGUUCCCAAUAUUGAAGUAUCUCCUGCCAGGAAUAUAUUCACUGCUAUACUGAGAUCGGAUCGCUUGUUAAGUGGGCAACAUUAUUUACUCAUAUCACAUGUGUGCUUGAAGAGAUAGAGUUCUUGGAAUUCAUCAACACUUGAUUUCUACAAAACUGUGGUGUAUUGAGUGUAUAAACUGUUCAUAGGUCAUUGUGAUAAUUUGCUUGACAUAAGUUGACAAACUUGCUAACAGAAUUUCACACAAACACUUGUUAGUCAUACAGUAUAAUUAUGUAAGAUGAUACAGCCAGUGCUCUCUGAUUAACAGCAGGCCAAGAUUCCAUGAGGGAAACAACAAGUUACAUGCUGCUAUUAGAAUGGAAGUUACAGGUGAAAAGAACAGAAGAUAACUGGAUUACUGCAGAAUUGGAGUUUGAUGUUUUUAGAUAUUUUGAUAGCCUAGAUUCUCGGAAAUAAGUUAAUUCAGCAUGAUCAAAGGAUAAAAAUAGAGGUAUUUUAGAAUAUCUCCCUGUAAUUUAAUAGCAAUCAAAUUUGCCUGAAUAUGGUUCAUCCUAAGACAUUUUGAAAUUCAGAGAGUCUUACUGUUGAAUUCAAUUGUUUAGAUUCAGAACUGAACAAUGACGGCACUGUAAUUUGAUAUACUGAGGAUAUUACUUUGGAAAAUUUCUGAGAUUUCUUUGAAUUGUGUUAAUGUUGCAUGGAAGUGAUCACGCAAGUCUCUGUAAAUCUCAAUGUCUCCAGUUGUCAGAAGUAAUUUAUCUCUUCCUUGAAUAAUGAAAAUCUGAGCUUAAAAGGUAUUUGAAAGAAGGGAGAAAAAAAUGUAUUUACAUUUUGAGCAAAACAUCUCCUCACGAACAGAGUGUACUAUACAUUCUUUGUCAUGGAUGGGAAAAGUUCCAGAUUCCUUGUUGCCAGGAGACACAAAUGGUGGCUGGAAGUUAAACCGAGGCCAGUAUUACAGUGAGGGCUGGUUGGCCAGUGGAAAUGCUAAGGGUAUUGUUGGGGCAACAUUUACAGCAAGUCAUUGUAGGAAGUAUGAUCCUCCUAAUAGAUCCAACUUUAAUCUUCGUGGCCAUAGAUCUGAGGUUGUUUUAGUGAGAUGGAAUGAGCCAUAUCAGAAGUUAGCUACAUGUGAUGCUCAGGGAAUUAUUUUUGUGUGGAUAAAGCAUGAAGGAAGAUGGUCUAUAGAACUUAUCAAUGACAGGAACUCUCAGGUGACAGACUUUGCAUGGUCACAUGAUGGCCGAAUGGCGUUGAUAUGUUACUGUGAUGGUUUUGUGUUGGUUGGGUCAGUAGCUGGUCAGAGGUACUGGUCAUCUAUGCUCAAUUUGGACAAUACCUCAAUAACCUGUGGUGUAUGGUCUCCAGAUGACCAGAAGGUUAUGUUUGGUACAACAGAUGGGCAGAUUAUUGUGAUGUCAUCACAGGGUGCCAUGGUAACUCAAGUUACUGUAUUAGAAGGUAUGGAGAUCACUACUUUAUUAUGGUCAUGUGAAAAAUUCAACAUGGAAGAAGAAGAAGGCAACCAGGAGACAGAUCAGAGUGGACCUAGUCAAGACAAAACUUCCUCAACACCUGUAGAGAAGAAUUAUAUGUUAGCUGUAUGUUUCAAGUAUGGUGCCAUUUAUUUCAUGACAAGCUAUGAUGAUCAGUGUCCAAAAGUUGUACAUAGUAUGUUAACUGGUUUGAGAAUAGACUGGUCAAACUGUGGUCAGUAUUUGGCAGUUGGAGGGUUUACACGUCUACCAAAUCUUCUUUGUCAGAAUGAGAUACAUUUUUAUACAGCAGAUGGGGAACUAGUACACUGGGUUUCAGUACCUUCUCAGGGAAAACCUCUUACAGCAUUAUGUUGGGGACACAAUGAUCGGAGGUUAUUUGUUGCUGCAGGUCAUUGUUUACAUGUAGCAUGGAUUGUAAAACAUGUACCAUCAUUACAAUAUCUGUGUCAGCGGAGUGUACAAUGUCUUGUUCGUAAUGACUACAAUGUAGAGAAACUACCACUUCCUGUCAAAUUAUGCUCAAAUGUUCAGGCUCUCUUCACACCUACAAUUAAGAGUUAUAUACCUGAUCCAUUUAAACUGCGAGCAUUUGUAAGUACACCACCACCGGGAUCAGAGAGAUUAUUCUGUACAAUGAUUCAUCAUGGUGAAGAGACCUCUGGUGGACAUUAUACACUCUAUCUAGAAUACCUUGGUGGUUUAAUUCCUUUACUGAAAGGAAAACGUGCAAGCAAAUUGAGACCUGACUUUAUUAUCUUUGAUCCAAGGAUUAAAGCAACAAAAAGUCUGAGAAAAGAAGGUGACACAGGACAGAUGUUUAACUUUGAGGCUGAGUUGUUGACAGAAAGUUCUUCAUCAGACAGUGAUAUAGAGUUGGAUGGUUGUGGAGGAAGCCCUAGAGUUCCACGUAGAAAAAGACUCAAACAUUGUCGUCCGGAGAAGAUUGAAAGAAGUACAACUUUCCGAACUCUUAAUGAGCUCUUCUAUAAUGAUAACUUACCAGAGAGCAGCAAGCUGGUUGAAGUGAUGUCAAAUAUCUGGGGCACAAAGUUUCGUAUAGUUGGUACAGCAGCUCACCUGCCAGAGGACCUGGGUAAUGUGUUGUAUAAAACAAGCCUGUUACAUCUACAACCACGACAAAUGACUGUGACAGUGACAGAACUACCACGUGAUGAUUCUCUUCUAGCACAAGAUAAAAACUUCACACCUGCUGGAGUAGGAGAAGAUGACACAGAUCAGCUUUCAAUGCUAGAUGGUUUACUGUCAGGUGUACAUAAUGAAUAUUUUAUGAAGAACAACAUUCCUACACAACUUGAUAAUCUGACCAAUCAGGACUCGGAGAUUAUCAGUGUUGACAUAUUAACUAAUCAUGUUGAGUUAUCUGAUACAGCAGACAAUAACUCUGACAAUGGGUCCACUGUAAACUGUUACCCAGACAGGCAAAAGUCAGUGUGCAUGAAAACAAAACUUUCCCCCGCCUCAGAGACCCAUCCACAGAACAAUCAUGCCUUUAAUACAGGAGAAGAUCCUGUCAUUAUAAACACAUGUAGUUAUGGCGGGGCACGUCCUAAAAUUCCACUACAUUCUACAUAUACAACAAAUCAGACAGUCACUGAUGAAUCUAUUGUAAUAGGGGUAACAGUCAAUUCAAAUCAUGUCAGCAAUUCAAAACACUACACAACACAUGAAAAUGGUGCUAAAACAGUGUCGUGUCAAAAUGAAACUAAUGUUAAAAGUCAGGUGAGUGACUGCUCAGUUCAUGGCGCAAAAAGUCCGGUGGUUGGUGAUUAUUUUUUCACAAAUGGUGAUCCAAAAGAUUCCCGUAAAAACAGUGUUAAGUCCGAAUCUCCUGACAGUGUUCAUAAACAUGUUCCAAGUUUUGUUGAUAGGUUUAUACGUUCUGACAAGGUAGAUAACGUACCUCGCUGGGCAGAUCCAGCUUGUCAGGGCAUCAAAUUUGCUGAUGAUGAUGAUCAAAGUGUGAAAGAUUUAACAUUCGAAGGAAAUAUUGUGUUUGACAGCAGCCAGGUUCUCACUCCAACAUCUGACAGUCAGAAAAGACUGUACCUAGAGGGAUAUACAGAAACAGAGGCAAUUUUACCUGAUGAUGAAACUGUAAUAAAACAUGAGUUAUGUGACCAUAGCAGGUUAUCAAAUAAUCGUAAAUUAAGUAAAGAUGAAAGUUUAUUGACUUCAUGUGACAGUGAUGUGAUAGGAUCAGAUAAUUUAGGAUACAUUAAUCAAGAGGAUAACCUUAACUGUGACAGAGAGAUACAGAUUAAUGGGAUUACUAGAACCCAAAAUGAUUUUGAAAGGGAAUAUUCAGUGCUCAAUAAAAGAAGAAAAUCUUCUCUUCUGAGUGAAGUUGAACGUUUGGACAUUACACAAUCUCUGCCAUCGUCACCUCUACAUAGACUACAUAAACCAGACUCUCCAACAAUAAAAUUGAAGGAAGAAGUGAUGAGAGGUGGAAAAUGUAAACAUCACAGCCCAUUGUUUAAAAGAAAAUCAAAAUAUCCUCGAUCAGUGGAAACUUCAGAGGAUGACUUUAGUUCCUCCUCGGAGGAUGUGAGGCUGUCAUAUAAUUAUAAAAAUUUAGAGUCUUUCCAGAAAGCUCAAUUAAAGCACAAGCUGAAAAAAGCGCUCAAUAAAAGUGAAGAGAAAAGCCGUUAUCGACAGUUUGUCCUGCACAACAAGGCUCCUUUGUGGAAUGAGAACAGUCAAGUUUAUCAACUCGACUUUGGUGGUAGAGUCACUCAAGAAUCAGCUAAAAAUUUCCAGGUUGAACACAGAGGAAAACAGGUGAUGCAGUUUGGACGUAUUGACAGCAAUGCUUACACCUUAGACUUCCAGUACCCAUUUACCGCAAUACAGGCUUUUGCUGUCGCUCUAGCCAAUGUUACACAACGAUUAAAAUAAACAUUCUUAGCCAUAUAUCAUUCUAGUCUGAUUCGUUUAUUACAGUCCAUAUAAUUGUAAUAACAUUUAUAAUAAUAUAUUACAUAAAAUAUAAGUGUUACAUAAGCAAUAAGAUAAUUUUUCACAUAAACUUUUGUUGGACAAGUUUAACAUAGCACAAAGUUUUUUAGUCAAAUACUUUGUUAUAUGACAUUAAACAAUUACUUGAUUCUGUAAAACUGUCAGUGGUUAUAUAAUACAAAUUGUAAUAAAUUGUAAUUAAUUUU